AAUAGCAUUUCUCGGUAGUAUCUCAGAACUGUAAAAGAGAGAUCAAAUUAAAGAUAUAUUUUCGAUAUUAAUAAUUUGUAGUAAUAAAGAGUUAAUUACAUUUAAUUAUUACCAAAGAACUAAAUUUGGAUCGGCUAACACAUCAUAAUAUACGAGAUAUUUAUGACGAAUGAGAGACACAGAAAAGUGGCAUGGCAUUCCUAAAAGUGUUAAGUUGCAAUCUAAUAUUCAUCGCGGCGGCUCUUUCUACAGAUGAACAUGUGCCCCUAUCGAAAUUCGACAUAUUAUAUCAGCAACAUUAUGACAUUAAAUUUAUAUUAAGUGUUGACCAUGAUGUCUUUUACGGCGAAUACAAUGUCAGCUUUUAUAUUCCUUAUGAUACGCAAGAUAUAUACGUUUACACAGAAACUCUGACUGUAAUUCAAGUUAUAGUAACAGACGCUUCACAAAUAUCUGAAGAAAAUAAUGAAGAACUUUUUCCCCAUGAGCCUAUUGGAUUUACUUAUAAUUCUGAAAUACGUAUAACCACCAUUUCUUUCGCGUACUAUUUACCAUCAGGAUUUUACACUCUGAAUAUGAAAUUUAUGGGAAUUGUAAGUGAAAAUGGAGGAUUCAGAACUUCCUACAUAAAUCAACAAAAUGACAGAGUAUGGUUGGCUGCAACGCAUUAUUACAAAUUUGCGACUCGAAGAUUAUUUCCACUUUUGAAGGACACUACAUAUGCUAGUUAUACCAUUUCUAUAAGACAUCCUAAAAACUACAAGGCUUUAUCAAAUAUGCCCGUGCAAAAAGUAAAUUUGGAUAAAAAUAAUACGCAAUGGACACAAUUCAAAACAACUCCCGUGAUGCCUGUUCAUUUCAUAGCUUUGAUUGUGGGUCAUCUCGUCUUUACUUCAGAAACAAAUCAGAGCACUAAAUUGUGGUGCAGAAAAGAAAUGUUACCGCAUGUGAAAUUUGCUUAUACAGUUGCUAAAAAUAUUACGCAAUUCUUAGAAAAGAAAUUGCCAUAUAUCAGGAAAACUCCGGAAACAAAUCAGAUCGCAAUUCCGAAACUGUUAGACGCAGAAGAUAUAAUGUUGGGAGUCGUUCUUUAUAAAGAAGCAGAUAUUAUCUUUAAUGAGGAGACGGAUACUGAAGGACGCAAAAUAGAAAUAACGCGACAAAUAGGAUAUAAAAUGGUACAUGAAUGGUUUUAUAAUAAAAUCAAUUUAUCUGAGUGGCACCCGUGGUUACACAAAGGUUUUGCUACAUUUUUUGGAAUUUACGCCACCGAUAAGAGCUUUCCACAUUUGCGGAUGCAGGAUUUCUUUGUGGUUCAAAUGCAAUAUGAAGUUCUUCAUUGGUUUACAAAAGAUACAUGGCCGGAUUAUUUGCAAUUGGAUAUCAGCAUUGCAAUUCCCCGUUACAUAAAAGCAAGCAUUAUGUUCCGCACGUUUCAAAAUGCACUUACCGAAGAGGUGUUUCGGAAUGGAAUCGAAACAUAUUUACGUCAUCAAUACGAAAACAGUAGUUUUUGGAACGUUAUGCAACACAUCUUGGAUACCACAUCUCUCGAAAUGAAAUAUAAUUUAAAAGACAGAAUAACUAAUUGGACACAGCUAAAUCAUUAUCCUGUGGUAAAUGUGAAUAUAAAUUAUGAUGUUAACAGUUUGAAUUUAUUGGUAGAAAAUUUUAAUUCAACUAUAGAGAUACCUGUAAGCAUUACUACGCAGACGCAUUCCGAUUUGAAAAAAAUUUUCCCUGUUGAAUGGAUAGCACAAGGUAUUUUGUACCAAUUACCAACUAGAUUCAUAGACAUGAAUGACUGGGUACUAGUCAAUUUACAACAACGUGAAUGCUAUCGCGUCAAUUAUGAUGCCGAGAAUUGGUAUAGACUUUCGAAAUACUUGAACUCCAAACUUUUUCGAAAAAUACAUGUACUCGAUCGUGCUAAACUCAUCGACGAUUCAUUUCACUUUGUGAUGACAGGCAAAUUAAAUUCUAAUGUAUUCUUGAAUAUUUCUCAGUAUCUAUGGCGAGAUAGAGAUUAUAUCGCAUGGUAUCCUAUGUUCAAAAUCUUGGAAUAUAUGUCGGGUUUCUUUGCAUUUCCAAGAAGCACAUCUGUAAAGAUAAGAAUAGUGUAUCCAUUGAAAGUAAUUUUAUGGGGAAUAGGAUAUCCUAAUUUUACAUUAGAUAGAAACAUUGAAGGAAACAUUUUUACUAAAUGUUUGAGGGAAGAGGCUGCAAAAUGGUUAUGCAUCUUAAGUGAUUCUUAUUGCUUUUCAAUAGCCAAUCGUGAAUUAAAAUCGUAUCUUUUAAGUCGUAACGAAUCUUCGCCAUACAAAAUUUGGAACGGAUGGAAAGAAUGGACAUUCUGCAAUGGUUUGAUAACAGCGAGCAACGAUACAUGGAUGCAUGUGUUUAACAUAUAUUUGAAAGAAUCAGAUUUUAGUGUUUUAAAAUUUUUAGCUUGCUCCAAAAAUUCUACAAUCAUUCUGCAAUAUAUAGAAUUAAUGACAUUGAGCACUGCUCUGGAAAAAGUAAUCACAAAUUUCGAUCAUAUAAACAGUUUUUGUUCUAUUGUUGCGAGACAUGCAAACAAUAUCGAAGUACUUGAUAUUAUAUUACACAAUUUGGAGAAAAUAAAACCCAAAAAAAUCAGUUUUACUACAGCAAUAACUAUGAUCAUUAAUCAUGUGUAUUCUAAACGACAAUUUAAUAAGAUAAAGAAAUAUGUGCAAGAUAAUAUCCGGUAUUUUUUUACAUAUCCAGCGCCUUCUCUGAAUAAUUAUGAUCAUCGAAACGAUAAUAAGUUCAACAAUUUUUCAUCUAAAAAUGAUAACGAAACGUAUAAGGAAAUUAUAAUAAUGCGUCUAAAUCGCAAGCUAGAAUUACGUUUACAACAAAUAAGGGCUCAGCUAUACCAAUAUCGACAGUUUAUACAAGAUUUUCGUGAUGUAGUUAAAGAAUACUCGGCUGAUUAAUCUAUCAAACGAGGAAAAACGAAAUGUAAUGGGUGCACAUAUUUUUAAUAUAUAAAGAAUUUUUGUAUUUUCAUUUAUUCAUUUUGAUUAAAAAUGUGCAUUCACGAGUAAAAAUAUAUUAUAUAUAUACGAUAACAACAAUGGAACAAAAUAGAAAGAUUUUUUAACAUAAAGAAAAACAAUUUAUUCUCGUAAUUCGAACACAUC